AUGACGUUGGCGGCUAUCGAGGUCGUCGUCAGUACUCCAGUCACAAUCGUUACACGUUACUGUUUGCUUACCAUUUCCCACAACGUCCAUCGCACAACUUCAAGCAUCAACUUUCAAGAGCUCAUCACCGAUGUCGACGCUAUAAGUCUCAUCCACGGCCCAGGGCGACCGUUACGCGGGAGACACGACGAACGAGCUUCGAUCAGAACCAAUUUCAUAUUCACGACCACCUUCAGCACAAUGCCUAGUGCCGUCACAAUCAGCUGCAGGAAAGCAAAUCGUUGA